AUGGCCGCAACCCUUACGAAGUUAUCGUCAAACACUCUCAUGAGAGCGAUCCUUGGCGCCGCUCGGUCUGCUCUCGAUCCGACGCUCAGAAAAGGCCUGGAGUUCGUCUGCGUCCUAUGCAAGUUCUUCGUCGUCGAGACAGCCACCAUCACGGUCAGGGACCCGGUUUUCUGGCUGCGCCUCGCCACGCAAGGGGACCUCGGAUUCGCAGAAGCGUUCAUGUACGGGGAAGUCGAUUGCUUAGAUCUGACUGCGCUAUUCGAGGUACUGCUGGACAACCGCUCUUGCCUCUCCGAAAUCGACACCUUGCUGGCCAAGGCAUCCCGAGUGGUGGAACGCUUCUGCGCAACGAACCUCGUGAACAACCUCGCAAAUGCACGACAGAAUAUCAGCGCGCACUACGAUAUCAGCAAUGAAAUGUUCAUGGCGUUUCUAUCCGGAGACAUGACCUAUUCAUGCGCCAUCUUCCCUGAGCUGGACACGGAUCUUCAUGAAUCGCCGCUCCCAACAGCCGCCUCCGAGUCUUCGGCAGAUCCGAGCGCAUACAGCUCAACCGCGAGUCCAUCUUCCAGCGAGGGCACUCUAAGCGGCGUGAAGAUCAGUCAAGCAAGUACCAGGAUAUCCGAGGCAGCCGUCAGACGCACUAGGGACAAGGACGACGACGCCGAGCUGUGCGAUGCGCAGAUCAGGAAGAUGCUGCACAUAGUGAAGCGUGCGGACAUCAGACCUGGACAUAGGGUCCUGGAGAUCGGCUCUGGCUGGGGAUCCAUGGCUAUAUGCAUGGCCCAAGCCUUCCCCGGCGUCACCGUCGACACGCUCACCCUCUCCGAAGAGCAAGCGCAUCUCGCACGACAGCGCGUAGCCGAGAUUGGUCUCGGUCCGCGCCCCUGCCAGAAAGUGCGCGUGCACUUGAUGGACUAUAGGAGCAUGCCGAAGGAGUGGGAGGGCAUAUUUGAUCGGAUAGUCAGCGUGGAGAUGGUCGAGGCUGUUGGUCAGGAGUUUCUGGAGACGUACUGGGCUCGGAUCGACUGGGCACUGAAGAGGGACACUGGCGUCGGUGUGGUGCAAGGGAUUACUUUGCCUGAAGCGCGAUUUGAAGCAUAUGUUCGCGACACCGACUUCAUAAGAAAAUGGGUGUUUUUCCCAGGAGGGUUCUUGCCAACGCUGAGCCUACUCAUCUCUACGAUGACCAGUGGCAGUAAGGGAAGGCUAAUCGUAGAUUCUGUCGAUAACAUCGGGCCUCACUACGCUCGCACACUUCGAGAAUGGAGGAGACGGUUUGAGAAUCGCUUCGAUGCAGAGAUUGUCCCUGCUCUACGGAAGCAGUAUGCCGAUGUCUUGAGUGAUGGCGCACCAGGAAGCCAGGAAGAGAUCGAAGUCUUCCGGAGGAAGUGGCUAUAUUACUUUGCGUACUGUGAAGUCGGCUUUGCGAGUCGCAGCCUGGGCGACCAUAUCGUGACAUUCACGAGGGAAGGGCACGUAGAAUACGGAUGUCAGGUCUUAGGGUCUGACGUGGAUGUCGAAUGA